UGCUUAAUAAAAAUUGAAUAUAGGUCAAGUAUUAAUCAUACUAUUUCGCCUUAUAUAUUAUAAUCAGACUUUAGUAAUAUGUCGUUUGUCACCGAUAUCGAAAAAGCAUCUCAUGAGCACAGAGAGCUUCCAGAGGGGUCGAGUGCUUCCUUAGAUGAAACUGUGAAAUUAGAACCUCAACAUUAUGAUUAUCUCAUAAAGAGACAUGGAACAAUCGUGUUAGAUCCUCUUCCUUCAGAUGACCCCUUGCAGCCAAUCAAUUGGCCAGAUAAGAAAAAGAAUUUUGAGAUUCUUUUAAUAGCAUUCCAAACUUUCAGUUCAACAUUUAUGGCAGGUGGUCUUACCCCAGCCUUUGAACCAAUGGCUAUAGCUUAUGGAAUUUCGACACCUACCGCUGCAUAUUUAACAUCUGCUCAAAUUGCUGUCUUGGGUGGUAUGCCUUUAUUCUGGCUUCCUUUAAUGAAUGCUUAUGGUAGAAAUGGUUUCUUAUGUCUUGCCUCUUUAUUAUGUGGAGCUUUAAAUGUUGGUGGUGCUUAUUGUAAAACUUACGGUCAACAAAUGGCUACUAGAGUUUUAGUAGCCUUUUUCAUUUCUACUGGAUAUUCUGCAGGUAGUCCUAUAGUUGCAGAUCUAGCAUUUGCACACGAAAGAGGUAAAAAGAAUGGAUGGUGGUCAGUAGGUAUGGUACUUGGAACAACAGCAGGUCCUUUCUUCUGUGGGUUUAUCCAACAGCAUGCUGGUACAAAAUGGAUAUACUUAGUAUUUGCAAUAAUGAAUUUCGUUCAAUUUUUUCUUUGGAUAAUAGUUGAUGAGACUGUCUAUAUAAAAGGUCAGUCAACAUCCACCAAGAAUAUUUUCAAAAGAAUCUUUAGAUUCAAGAGAAAUCCAAAUCAAGAAUUGUCAUUCAGAGUAUUGGUUAGUCCUUUCUUAAUAUCUAAAAACUUUAAUAUAAUGAUGGCUGUUAUUUCUAUGUCAAUUAUUUUUGCCUAUGCAAAUAUUGUUUUGAUUGUUGAACUCCCUCAAGCAAUGGGUAUCUUAUUCCAAUUAGAUGCUCAACAAAUUUCUUAUCAAUUUAUAGCACUUAUUAUUGGUUCGACUAUUGGUGAAUUCUUAGCGGGACCUCUUUCAGAUUGGUGGAUGAAAAAGAGUAUUGCAAGAAGGGGUGGUAAAAGAGUUAUUGUCGAUAGAAUUUGGGUUUCAUAUAAUGGAUUCAUUUGUGUUAUAGUAGGGUUGAUUGUCUGGGGUGUGUAUCUUAGUAGGGCUACACCUGGACAUUGGAUUAUAGCUCCUAUCAUUGGAGCUGCUAUUGCUGCUGCUGGUAAUAAUAUCUGUAUGACGGUUUUGGUAACAUUUGCUCUUGAUAAUGAUCCAGUUCAUGCUACUGAAAUUGGAUUAUUUUUGACAUUUGUAAGACAAAUGUUUGCCUUUAUUGGACCAUUCUACUUCCCCUAUAUGUUUGAUAAUUUAAAUUUUGGAGGUUCAGCUGGAUUAAUGUGUGCGUUGGUAGCAGCAUUUGGUGCGGGCCCUAUGGUGCUUACGCACAUAUUGGGCUUAAGAAACUUAAACCAAACAUAAAUAAGCUCAUUUUUUCGCAGCCAAUAAUUUCGAUUUUGUUUAGCUUAGCUUAGACAGUA